AUGAAGUUCCAGAUCUCAGCCGUCCUACUGGGCAUUGCCGCCAGCACCGUCGCUGCGCAAGAGACGAACCAGACAGGCCCCUUCUUCUUGCACAUCAAGGGCACAGAUAACAGCUCCAUCGACGGCUACGCGUCGUCGUGCCAUGCCGGAGCCGCCAUCGAGGGUUUGUGCUACGGCUCGGGAUCGGCCCCUGCCGCCGGCAGCUACUCCAACGAGUACUACUUCAACUACAGCGGGUACACGACGGUCGGCGACGCCGACGUCGGCACGCUCUCGUGGAAGCUGCCUGUUAAUAUCAAUGGCACUGUGGAGAACUUGCCCCAACCCAUGAGCCUGCAAUACCAGGCUAACAGCAACGUCGCCGCCCCGAUGUUUGGUUUCAGCUCCGGCGGGUUCAGCGUUGGUUUCGAUGAUGAGGGCAAGCUGUUCGGCUACAACUAUUACGACGAUUCGACUUUCGUGGCGGGAACGCAGCCGAGCGCUGGCGAGGGGAAGGCUUACUACCAAUGGUACGUGUGCUAUCAAUACCUCACCGGCUACUACUACCAGUCUAUCGGCUGGGCGCAGACAGUGCCGCCUCACAACCCGACCUGUGAGCCCGUCACGAUCACGCAAGAAUUGGAAUAG